AAAUAGUUGCACGAGAAAACCCACGUAUCUUUUACAUUUAUUGUGUAAGUUAAACAUUAGUUAGUUUGAGCCAGUGGUGAAUACUGGCUGUACAUUAGCACAACUUAGUUUAACUUGCUAAAAGUUCAUAUAAAUAAUUAAACUUAAGAUCCAACGAGAUUUAACAAGUGACAAAGUUUUAAUUUAUACCUUAUAUAUCAAUUAUUUGUGUAAUAAAUCAGUUGCAUAAAAAAUAUACUCUGUGAUUACAUAUCAUUGACAGUUGAAGAGCUUGCAAGUACAAAAAUUGAGUUAUUCCGAAAAAGGAGGUCUCAAGAAAACAUGGAUCUUGCUCCUCAGUGAUGAGGCCAAUCUUGCAAGUAAUGACCAGUAUAGGAGUGAAGAGGAAAGCAUAAUAUGUGAUGCAAAAGUUAGUCAUGCAAUGCAUGAUGAAGAGGAAACUGAUACAGAAACUGAAGCAGACUGGGAACAAUUUGAACCUGUCUUUAAGCUAAACAAUUCAAGACAAAAAUAUGUUAAGAGUGCAUAUGAUGAUGAGAAUAAUUGUACCUACAGAAAAAUAGUUUCAAAGGACAAGGAGGAAAGAAAACUGCCAUCUUCUUAUUACAAAUUGGAUAAAACUGCAACUCUUACAUUGGAGAGGCUGUUAGAUGUACGUUCACUAGGAUCAUACCAUGAUGUGGUGGGGAAAGGUAGAAGCUCCGUUGUUGUUUCUGCUGGUUACACCAAUAUCAAACACUACAUGGUUUCUUAUUGUGAAUCAUUUCAUAAUGCUGUCAAGAUAUAUAAAUUGGAGAGUGAUGAAAAUUUAAACAAAGCUAUAUAUAAGAGAAUUAAGACAGAAUUUGAUAAUAUGUCAAUCUUAAGAAAAACUUGGAGUAUUUAUGCUGUUCCUUACCCUGUGUGUUAUGAAAAUAAUAUUUUAGUUAUGAGCAUUCUUGGGUCAGCCAAUGAACCUGCUCAACAAUUGGGUAGCUAUCCCACAGAAUGUCUUGAGCAUAUUUAUCACAAAAUAGUUGCGGGUGUGAAACGUUUUUAUAACUGUUAUUUUGUACAUGGAAAUUUAAAUGCAGAAAAUAUUCUGAUUUGGCGUGGAUACCCAUAUUAUGUAGGAUGGUCACAUUCUGUAUGUAUAUAUCGUGACUCCACCACUACUGGUCUAAAAAAAUUGAUAAGGGAUUGCUAUUUUGUUACAAAAUUUUUCAGAAGGAAUAAUGUCAAGGUCAUGUCAACAGAAGCCCUAUUUAAAUAUGUCUCAGGUUCCAAAGAUAUUAAUCCUGAAUUAUUGGAUUGUAUACACAAGAAGGAACAGCAAAAAGUAAUCAAAUACCAUGGGAACCCGAACAGAGUAAGAGAAUUACAUACACCCAGCAGGAUUAGAAGAUUUAAAUGACACAGUAACAUUUAAAGUAGAUUUAACUACUUAUAAAUGAAAACAUGGGAAUGUUUCUAUUUUGUCUGACCACAUAACUUGGGCAGUUGGUGAAGUUGUUUGUGGAGAUUUUAUUAAUAAAAAAUAAAUAUAUCA